CCCUCAUUGAAAUAAUAUUCAGUGACCUUUUAGAGUCACAAUGCCAAAGAAUAAGGGUAAGGGUGGUAAGAACCGCCGUCGUGGUAAGAAUGACAAUGACGGUGAGAAGCGUGAGUUAGUUUUUAAGAUGGAGGACCAGGAGUACGCUCAAGUUCUCCGUAUGCUUGGCAAUGGUCGUCUUGAGGCUUAUUGUUUUGAUGGAAACAAGCGUCUAUGUCACAUUAGGGGUAAGAUGCGCAAGAGGGUAUGGGUUAACGCGGGUGAUAUCAUUUUGGUCUCCUUGCGUGACUAUCAGGACAGCAAGGCUGAUGUAAUCGCAAAAUACACUGCCGAUGAGGCUAGAUCCCUUAAGGCUUACGGUGAGUUACCGGAGUCCACUAAGAUCACUGAGACUGAUCUUUAUGAUGAUGAGGGUGAUGGUGGCAUUGAAUUCCAGGAUGAAUCAUCAGGUUCUGACAGUGAGGAUGACAAGGAGGACGCCAAGUUUGACAUUGAUGACCUUUGAUCUAUAUGGGUUACAAUGUACUGGUACUCCGUAUCCAUUGUUGUGCUCCA